AUGUUCGCCACUGGUCCCACAUCAUCUUCAACAACACGUGAAUCAUCAGGUCAAAACAAUGAUAAUGAUACCACAAGAGUCUCAUCAACACAUAUCAUUGUUACACCCGAUACAACUUUUCCUACUUUCCAACUUUCCAAUACUCUCCAUUCUACAGUCCCACAACAAACAAUUGACAAGAGAACAAGUUAUAGCGCACUGGAGGAGAGAAAGAGAAUUAGAGCAAAGAGGAAACAGUUUAAUAAUUAUCAACAACAAGAAGGACAAUCUACAGAAGAACCAACAUAUCCACCAGUGAAUAAGUCGUCUUCAUCAUCGUAUUAUCAAAAUUAUAAUGACACAAUUCAAAGACCAAUACAACCUCCAACAAGAUCUGUGAUUACAGAGGAGGAAAUGAACAAGGAUUUGGCAACCUUCAAGAGGCAAAUAAAGAAGGAAAAGAGGGAGAAACAAAGAGUUUCAAAGAAAAAAGAAAACAAUUUUAAUCCUCUGGAAAGUAAUAUUACCAUUGAUAAUAAUUCCGAAUCAAACGAUAAAGCUUCAUCAUCAGUAGCUUCUACUAGUAGUAGUAAUGUUACUGCAAGUAACAUCUAUGACAGGAAACAAAGAAACAAGAAGGAAAAGAAACCUAAUGAUUUUAGGAGGGUUAAAAACUACUUCCCUCCAGUUCCAGAAGGACAACAAUUGAAUGUUCAAGGCCCUCGUUUAAUUGAAUCUCAACCAGAAUCUUUAAGUGCCACAACUAACAAGCCUUCAACAAGAAUUAGAGAAAACAAAAGGGUAAAUAGCCAAGCUAUACAAAACAAUUCAAUUGAGAGCUCUGUGACUUUACCUGUCGAAAAGUUACCAAAAGCAAAAACCAAGAAGGAAAACCAGUUACUUCCUCAAAUAGGUCAAAUCAAAUUGAACAAUGAACAACAUACAAAUACUAAACCAAAAGCUAUGGAUUCACUUCCUAUUCAUGAAUUUUCAUCUUCAAUUAUCAAUUCUAUUGAAGAAAAUCAAGUCACUGUCAUAACAGGUUUCACAGAAGGAUGCUUGACUCAAAUCAUCAUGGGUAUGCAUUCUUCAUCAACAUCAAGCUAUGAAAAUUUUCAUAAUGAAUUUUCACAUAUAGUACUAGACGAAAUUCACGAAAGAAAAGUCGACACAGAUCUCCUUCUUUAUUUUGUGAGAGAAAUUGUCAAGGUUAAUCCUAAAAUUAGAAUCAUUUUGAUGAGUGCCACACUCUCACAAGAAAAGAUUUGUAAAUAUUUUGAGAGUUACCUUAAUAUGGAUAUCUCAUCCGCAAAGAACAAUGGACAAAAUAAUGGGGGAAAUGGAGAGGAUGAUGAGCUUUUCGUUUCAAACAUAGAAAAGAAGGUUCCUGCAAUUCAUAUUCCUAGUGGAUGUUAUCCCGUAACUGAAAACCACAUUGAAGAUGUGAUUACCCUUUUAUACAACCCUGUUUCUAAUCCUCUCCCAGAGGAAGAAUUAUUGAGCAAGCAGCAAUUUGCUCCCUUGCUUUCUAAACCAUUGAGAGCCAGCAUAAAACCAGAGAGAAGAAUUUUAGGAGCCCGUCUUAUUGAAUACCUACACGUACGUUAUCCAUUAAAUCAAUCCAUACUAGUAUUCCUUCCAGGUAUGAUGGAGAUAGAGGAUUUCGCUGAUGAUUUGACAGCUAAUUUUAUUGGAGGGGCUUCAGCAGUUGACUGUCCAUACGAUAUUCAUAUUCUUCACUCCCUCAUCGCAGAGCAAGAACAAGAAGAAUCCCUUUUACCACCAAAAGAAGUUUUGCAAAUACUCAUGUUCAAUGGAGCUUACGUUGAUGACCCAACACAAUUCAAAGGUUUACCUAAGAAUUACAAAACUCCAUCAGAAGUUUUGCAAAAGUGUCUAGAUCCUCCAAAUCAAAGUUUGUUAGAGCAGGCUUACUAUCAACUUGAAUCACUUGGAGCCAUUGUGAAUCAUCAAUUGGGAAAUUCUCAAACUGAUUCCAAUAGUGUUGUGAAUCAAUAUGAAUUAGAUGAAGCUUACUUGGUUACUAGCAUCGGAAAAUUCUUUUCUUUAAUUCCAACCGAGUUAAAUGCAGCCUACCUUUUACUAAUUGGUUAUUCAUUGAAUUUAUUACCAGAGUGCAUAAUUAUUGUUUCCAUAUUGUCCAGAUCAGUGCCAAUUCUUGCCUUCUCAUCUUUAAAGCUUCUAAGCGCAAGAGCUAUUUAUUCAUUUGAUAAUGGAUCUGAGAGUGAUUUAAUUGCUGGAUUCAAUGCUUAUAACCGCUUCAAACAACUUCAAACAUUGAGGAGAGAUCACAAAAUAACUCCCAGCCAAUUUAAUAGUCAACUGGCCAAGGAAAUGCUUGCUCUGAAGAAGAUGAUUGAAAUUGAUUCUUUAGUGUUACAAAUUUCUCAAUCUCUCUACAGAGCCUAUGGUAUAUUUAUUGAAAACCUUACUCCGCAUGCUAUCAAACACUCAAGGCAAGAAAUUAAACCUAUUCAAUACUCAACUGAUAAGGUGCUCAGCACUGAAAAGAUGAAUAUUAUUAAGGCACUCAUUGCCACAUUGUACUAUGAACAAUCAGUGAAGGGAGCUCUCAAGAAGGAACACAAGUCACUCAAAGAAAUUGAAUGCAGCUUGCAAAUCAAAGAUCAAGCCCUUUCACUCACAAAUAGUGAUGAGAUGCAGAAAGUUUUCUCAGAACUUUUCCAUAAAUUUGACGGAGGUGUUGUUGAUUGUACAAAGAUCAAGUUCCAAUCCGAUAAGAAGAUUAAUCUCGCCUAUAACCUUCCUGUAUCUGAUUCAUCAUUUGUGUUGCCACUUACAGAAGCUCAAAAGAAGGACCCACUUUUCCCAAUUAAAUUGCUACAACGUAUGAUCAAAGGUAGUUCACAAGAAUCAAAAGAAAAGAAAAAUCAAACACUUGAUUAUACACAGGUGAGACAAAGUUUGCUUUCAGUGAGGGAUGAUGACCAAAUUUUUGGUAUUUUCAGAGGACUUCCAGGUGAAUUGAUCAAGUCCCAUGGAUUGAAAUUCAAAGCAAUGUCUUCAGCAUUUGAUAGAAAGAUUUCAUUUAUUCAUCCACAAUCAGAUGCAAUGAGAAAACAAAGAAUAAUCAUUUCUAGAGAUUCUGUUUCUCACCCUUGGGUUGAUUUAACAAUACCAGAAAAAAUUCUCGUCUCUGGAAGUGUAUCAAUCAAGGAUAUGACCAUGUUACUUGAUAAGAAUACGACACUUCCUGACAUUGAAUUUUUUUAUGAAAUGUCCUUAGUAUUAUUCUUGCCUUUGAUUUAUCCAAGAAGAUUUUGCCUUUUCAAACCAAAGUAUGGCGAUCAAACAUUUUGCCUCAUAUCAGAACUCUUUGAAAAGAUGAAACCACAUGAGAAGACUGAAUACGUUCAAAAUAAGAUUAAUCUUGAUUUGAAUGCUAUCUAUUUAAUUUCUAGUGGUGUUAAAAACUUUGACUUGGUUUUACAAAUUCUGAGAAGUUCCAUCCAAAAGAAGAUUACUGAAUUACUAGCCAAUCAACCAGUUGUUGAUGUUGGUCUGUUAUCCGUUCAAAUAACUGAUCUACUCAAUAAUGCCAAGAAUUACCUUUCUCACAAAGGUUACAAUAGAAACAUCGCCAAAAUUAUCUCCGUCUUACCUGCAGAAGAUGAAGCUGUGGGAGGAGAUGAUGAAUCAUGUGGUGAUCACAUUCUUAGAACUAGUAGUUUCCAAAGAAUUUCUCAAAGAAUAUUGAACCUAUUGUCUAAACAGUGUCUUCUUUCUCCUGAUGAUCCACCUGUCGAAAUCAAAAAGAAGGGUAAAACAACUAUAGAAAUAAGCUGUUCAUAUGAUUAUCAAUACCUACAAGCCAAAUAUCUCUUGUUGCGAGAGAUUAACAAUGAUUAUGCUGUUUUUGCACAUCCAAAACAAGCAUUUGUAUGCUUGGAAGUUGAGAAGAAUAAUUUGAAAGACUUUUUAUCAUCAAUGGUAUACUUUUCAAGUUAUGAGGAUAAAUCUGGAAAGAAUAGAGAAUUCUAUACAAUCAAUAGAAUUCCAGCAACCAAACGGUUAAAUAUUAGCAUAGAUGAAGGUAAAGAAGGUAAUAAUGUAAGAAAAUCAUUCAAUACCAAGAUGAAAUCUGACAAGCUUACUAAUGGAGGAUUUCUUCUUCAACCUUUUACACGCUCGAUCUCAGCAGAUGCUUUCAGAGAAAAAAUUCCAGCCAAUAGCAGCAAUGAUGAAUACAUGCAAGUGUAUGCAUACUUUGGGAAACAAGUUUUUUAUCAAGCAAAGGCAGGAGCAACAAAGAUUCACUCUCAACAAAAGGGAGUAACAUUUGAGUCACUUAGAAAGAUGAAGAUUGGUAACGAUAAUGAUGUCAAAACUCUAUUCUUACACUUUAUAGAUGCAAGACGUCAGCCUGAUUCUUCUCUAAUUUCAAACUUCUUACUUUCCAAGAAAGCAGAAAAUAAGGAAAGUGUAUUCUCCAACAAUCAUUACUUUAAGAGAAUUCUCGUUGAUAAGAAUCCAGUUUUGGGAAAGCAAAAGGAGUACAUUUCACUCAAUAUUGUAGACAUGGACAAGAAGGAGAGAUUUACAAUCUUGCUCUACCUCGACAGAGAACAGACCUACAAGGAUGAAAAUACUGACUUGGUUAAAUGUUCUAUGCAAAGCUGGAGAAGAUCUGAUACCAAACUGAUUUAUUUAGAUUUUGUCUCUCCAAUACUUGUACAACCAAAUGAUAAUGCUGAAACAAUAUCGAAUAAGAAUGAAAAUACAUUGGACGUGAGAUUUUCCAAAGUUACUCACUCUAGAACUAUCAAGGAAGGGUUUAGAGAUUUAAUUCCAGCAUCCAUCCAAGAGUUGGAGUCAAGAUUGUGGUACAAUGAGAGCGACUUUACACUUUAUUAUUGUUAUGAGAAGGAUGAUUCUAUAUUAUUUGCCAAUCUGAAUGAUUUGAAUUUGUCAUUUGGCAGUACAUUGGAAAAUGAUGAGUUGUGCAAAUUGAGAGCUGAAACACCACUUGCACGUCUCUCAAUCGAUUCUAUUCACUACGAUAUCAAGGAAAAUUUGCACUUUAACGAUAUUAAGAUUCAAUUUAAGAAUAGAACCGACAUUUCACAUCCAACCCAAAGAAAAUCUUUCACUACCCUUAGGGUUUGUAGCCAUCAAUUACAAGGAGCUUUAGCAACGAGUAAUAAUAUCUAUGUCUUGUUAGAUUCCGAUGAUCAUCAGCAACAAUUAUCAACCUCUCCUACUUCAAUAAUUAAUAUAUUAAAUAAUUCUAGCAAUAAUACUACAAUUAACAGUAAUAUUGCAAAUAAUAAUAAUAAGGAUGUAUUUAUUCAACGUGAAUUUCCCAUUCAAGAAAUUCCAAUUUAUAAUAUUAGUAGAAUUCCAGCAGACUCUCAGAUAAUUUCCAUCUCAGCCUUUAAUUCUAAUUAUGAUAAGAGUAAGCUAGUGUUGGGAGUUACAUUCACACAACCAAUUAAUACUAGUAUUAAUACAUCAUUGGAUAAUAGUGAACAAAAGAGAAAGUAUAUUGAUGAUGAUGAAAAUAGAGAUGAGGAUCAAUAUUCGUCAUCGUAUGAUUCUGGAGGUGGAGGUGAUAGUACAGAUGAGGAUUCGGAAAUGAAUACUAUUCAUUCAAAAAAGAAAAAGAAGAAGGUUAAUACAAGUGGAGGUGGCUCUUCAUUUGUGUCACAUUCAAAGAUGAAUGAAAAUGAAGAGAAUGAACAACAGAAUCAACAGAAUCAACAAUUUAAUAAUUAUUUCUACAUUUACUUGUUGGAUAUUGAUGAAAUUGUGAAUAAUCAUAAUAAUAUCAAGUACAAUUCAUUAUUGUACAGUAGUAAUAUUAAUACACAAAAUCAAACCAAGCACAAGUGUAUUCAAACAUUCUCUUUAGGAUAUGUUCCAUUGAAGUUGAGCACUCAAACAACAACUCUAUAUCCCAAUUUACAAAAAUACUCAAUAUUUGUCAUUUGUGGAAGUGAUAAGAAUUUUCAUUGUUUUUCUGAUAUUAUUCUCACUCCUCAAAAUAAUUCAAUCCUUCUCAAAUUAUUUGACCUUCCUCUCUACACUAGGAAUAAUGAAUAUGCCAGUAAUAUUAGACAUUAUUACAAUAGAUUCAAUGAAAAUUUAUUUAUUGAAUAUGAUUUUAUUAUACCAGGAGGUGUACCAGGUUCUGUCAUUGAUUUUGAUUCUAAUAAUAACUUAUUGGUCAUGGGAUGUCAAAAUGGUUUUGUGAAAAUUUGUAAAGGUGCCAAUCUUGAACUACAGUUCAUGUUGAAUAGUCCAAUUAGUUCUGUAAAAAUUUUAAACUAUACACCUACAGAGUUGAGUUUGUUGGUGGGUGAAUCUGUUGGUAGGGUUGUCCUCUACAAUGUUCCCCUCACUUCCUUUGUCAAGGAUAAUAAUAAUCAAAUGGUUCCCUCCACUCCCUCCAUAAUCAAUAAUACCAAUGAAAUAAUGACCAAUAUCCAAUCUACUGUUAUUUACAGUGACGAGUUUGGAGACUCGAUUACAUGUCUCUAUGCCCAACCUUACAGGUGUGGCAUUACGGAUAUUUAUAUUGGUACCUACAAUAGAAAACUAAUUGUCUACCAAUUUGAGAGUAAUACAUGCAUUUACAAAUGUACCUAUCAUUUUGAAUAUCCAAUACAAUACAUUGAUUCAUUGGACAUUAAUAAUGAUGGAGUGAAGGAAAUUAUCAUUUGCACCAUGUUUGAAAUUCAAAUAUUACAACCUGACCUUACCUCUAUUGCCAAUUAUAUCAAGGAAAAGUUAAAACUCAAUAAUGCAACAUUGCCAACAGAGACAACUAACCACCACCAAUCCAUAACCACUACCUUAGAAUAA